CCCGAGGUCGUCCUUGUGCCUUGCCGGGACUACCCCACACGGCACAUCAUCCAUGCCAAGCAAGCUUAGCUAGUGAGCCUCGACCUCUUCUGAGGGCUUGACGACCUCCAACCAGAUCAAACAUCCACGUCGGACCGGGUCCCCUCGUUGAUUGCGUUCCCUCUUUUCCCACAAAUCGUGUGUUGUUUUGCCUUGAUAGAUGGGACGGAGCAUGGUAGUCCGUCAUGAUGGCGGCCCUCCUCCCCCCCUCUCUUGAAGAGUCCCUAGGAUUCCCGCCCUCCAGAAAGUUCACGUCCCAAGUCUGAACCACCCCCCUCUCCAACACAACCCCCUGAACUGUAAACGAGACGAAAAGAGGAGGGGGUAGGUUCAUGAAGAAUAUAAAGUCUGCCAUGCCUUGGCGCAACUCUGAGGUCGGUCUUGGCUUCCCUUGGGACUACAUCCGACCUUUACCUUCUUUUCACAGUCUAACCCUUUCCGUUCCUUUCUUUUAUUCUUUGAAACAUUAUGAAGUUCUCCAACGUUGCUCUGGGAGCCGCGUCCGUCGCGUCGGUCCUGGCGGCCCCCAUCGACGGCGCCAAGGAGAAGCGCGCCGGCAAGUUUGAGUUCCUGGGCGUCAACGAGAGCGGCGGCGAGUUUGGCCAAACCACGCUGCCCGGCCAGCUGGGCAAGGAGUACACAUGGCCCAACAAGACUGCCAUCGAUACCUUGAGAUCCCAGGGCCUCAACACCUUCCGUAUCGGAACGAUGAUGGAGCGCAUCAUCCCUGACAAGCUGACCGGCACAAUCAACGAGACGUACUUCUCUGGUCUUGAGGAUCUCGUCAAAGAUGUUACGUCCAAGGGCUCCUACGCCGUCAUCGACCCGCACAACUACGGGCGGUACUACGGCAACAUCAUCACCAGCUCGGCCGACUUUGGCGCCUGGUGGAAGACGGUGGCCGCCCGUUUCAAGGAUAACGAGAAGGUCAUCUUCGACACAAACAACGAGUAUCACGACAUGGAGAACUCGCUUGUCAAGGACCUGAACCAGGCAGCCAUCGACAAUAUCCGGGCUGCGGGCGCCACGAAGCAGAAGAUCUGGAUCGAGGGCAACUCUUACUCGGGAGCCUGGCACUGGAUCGAGAGCGGCUCCGGCGACGCGCUCAAGGAUCUCACGGACCCCGCGGAUGCCACUGGCAAGCUCCUCUACUACGAGAUGCACCAGUACCUCGACACGGACGGAUCCGGCACCAACGAGGCGUGCGUCAGCAGCACGAUCGGGGCGGAGCGCCUCGCGGUAGCGACCAAGUGGCUCAAGGACAACAACAAGCAGGGCGUGCUCGGGGAGAUCGGGGCGGGCGCCAACGAGCAGUGCCAGACGGCCGUUAAAGGCGCCCUCCAGCACCUCGCCGACAACUCGGAGCAGUGGAAGGGAGCGCUUUGGUGGGCGGCGGGACCUUGGUGGGCGGAUUACAUGUACAGCAUGGAGCCUACGACUGGAAAGGCGUACACGGCAUACCUCCCGACGCUUAAGACGUUUGCUUGAGGGUUAUCGCGAAGUUCGGUGAAGCUCGGUCAGCGGUACGUAUUGUGGGCGGGGCGCAACCCCCCGGUGGGCGGAGGCAAGACCACGUGAUGCCGUUCAGGUUGUUGGUCCCAGGAUUUUGGAGCAGCUGUCAACUCAUUCGGUUGAGCUCGUUUGUGGCUGAGGAAACCAUUCUACAAUGUAAAUGUUGUCGUGGGGCGUAUCUGGCCCCAAGAGUACAUAUCUGGAAUAUGACAAGUGUAGUCAGUUGUCGUUGAUGCCGGUCCAUGGUUGAACACCCCUGUUUGAGUUGAUAUGGGAGUUGUCAGAUGAGGCAGCCAUG